CCGCUCUUGGUCCAUAGAGCCACUUACUCACUUACUCACUCAAUCGUCUAUUUCUCAUUUUUGCUCUUCUGCAAUUCCACCUUCACAACAUAUCAUAGUAUUGUGCGUUACACUACUGUACAUACACCAUCUCAUCAACCGUUCUUCGAUUGCUUGCACAGAACUCCUGCAGAUACCCCUUGGAGCAACCAACCAGAGACAAGAAAAAAGAAAGGAAAAAGUCUACCAGCUGACGGUGUUGAAACCUACCUCCGCCCCCCUCCCCUCCCCAAAGAGACUUCAGACACCCGCCAUGGCCAGUGCAUCUGCCGUCCAGCAAGUGGACGACCACAUUGCCGUCAAAAUCGAGCAGCUGGACCGCCAUGGAUACCUGUUUGGCCAGAAAAUCACACAUUCCCUGUCACCACUCCUGCACAGCACCAUCUACGAAGGCAUUGGCCUGAAAUGGGAGCAGAUGCGGCUCGACUCGGCCGACAUGCCGCUGUUCCUGGAACUCAUCAAGCACCCCAAGUUCUACGGCAGCUCCGUGACCAUGCCCAACAAGGUCGCCAUCAUCCCGCACCUCGACGAGCUGACGGAUGAGUGCCGUGACGUCGGCGCCUGCAACACCCUCUUCGUCAGAGAACGCGACGGCAAGAGGAUAUACUGCGGCACCAACACGGACGUCAUUGGCGUCCGUGAGUCGUUCGUCCAGAAUGUUGCCGACCCGGACGCCGUCUACCACAACAGGCCGGCCCUGGUCAUCGGCGGCGGAGGCGCCGCACGCAGCGCCGUCUACGCCCUGCGCAAGUGGAUGAAGGCGACGGACAUCUACCUCGUCAACCGCGACAAGAGCGAGGUUGACGCCGUCAUCGCCGAGUGCUCCGCGCGCGGGUACGGCGACAGGAUGCACCACGUCUCCACCGUCGAGGAAGCCCGGGAGCUCGACGCCCCCGGCGCUAUCGUCGCGUGCGUGCCCGACUUUCCUCCCAAAACCCCGGAGGAGAUCGUGGCGCGCGAGGUCAUCGUUGAGUUCCUGAACAAGGCUGCCAAGGGCGCCAUUCUGGAGAUGUGCUACAACCCCACGCCCUACACGGAAAUCGCCGCCCUGGCAGAGGAUGCUGGCUGGCAAGUCAUCUUGGGCACCGAGGCCAUGAUCUACCAAGGUCUGGAACAGGACCGUUACUGGACCGGCAGAGAGGUCGAUCAGUUGCCCGUGCAGCAGGUGAAGGAAGUGAUUGCGGCGAAGCUGUCGCAGCACUCAAAACUGUAGACUUUACGAACUGUGUAUGACUUUGCAUAGCUACAUUCUCAGCGACUGUUUUAACGAAUUUAUUAUUAU